AUGGCCACAGCAGUGGAAGUUGUAUCAACGGAGCAUCCGGAUGUAGUGCGCCAACUCGAUUCCAAAAGCCCAACCAUAGAGGUCAAAGAGACUUCAGUGGACUUUCUUUCACCUGUAAAGGGAAAGGAAGCAGGAGAUACCAUCGAUGGUGAAGUGAAGCCCAUCGCCACCACAGACAAGCCUGAAGCCAAAGACGGCUCAACUGACGUGAAGAAAGAUGAUGCAGAAGUCAAAGAGUUGGCAGACCAGAAGUCGGGUGAUGGGGAUGGCAAGGAGAACGAAGAAAAGAAGACGGAGGAGGAAGACAAGGACAUAUACGCCCCGGAGUCGGAAAACCUGACACUCGGAGACCUUGUUCCCGAGUACAGAUGCGUGACCUUCAAGCAAUUCAAGAACUUCUAUGAGAACGAGGAUAUGACCAACAUUAUCUAUGCCCUCAAGGGGCCCUCCAGUCUUCACAGCCAAAUCCAGAAGGAAAAACAGCAUCGGGAAAACAGUCAAAAAAUCGCAUGGAGGACGCGGCAUCUCUAUCGUGCUGCCGGCGAAGAUUCAGACCUCAGCCUGCCGAUGAGACCUCAGACUUUCUGCCGACCGUUCAGACUUCUCAUCCACUACCACUCGGAGAUGAAGAAGGCGUUGGAUGAACUUGAAGGUCGAUGGGGUGUCAGUCCGGGCGUGGUGGAAGAUGCUGCAGCAGGUGGAGAUGCCAAACCCAAGGACAGUGACAAUUCCGACACGAAGGCCUCGAAGAACUACCUUGAUAGCAAGGAAGCUUUGCUGCAUAUGCGGGAGUAUAUCCAAUUUCUGGAGCGGGAGGUGAUGUCGGCUUCAGUCCGAUUGGAGAGAGCUGUGCCCAGAGUCGAGCAGAGCUCCAAGGUCACCUUCACUGAUCUGUGGUACCUGUAUCGCGAGGGUGACAUAGUCUAUUCACCUGUACCGACCGGGAAGGGAAGAUCUUCGGCCAACGUGUCGACAAACAGCAGCUCUUCUGACCUGGAAGCAUCGUACCAAACCUACACCUGCUGGAUUGUGUAUGCGGUUAUCACGCCCGAGACCCCGAUUGAUCCCGACUCACUUGAGGUCAAACAACCAGGAGACGACGACGGGAUGGGGCGCUCGGACGCAGACGCCUAUGACGAGGAGAGGACAACCCGCAUUUGCUGUUAUUAUCUCGAUUUUGACGGUGAUUCAUACGGUCCUGUCACGCAUCAGUUCUUGAUUCGGAGCUUUUCCGGCGAACGUGACGUGACCACCUUGCCGGUCUAUCCUACUCACUUCAUGAGUCUAGACCAAGAAACCAGGUUUCUUAAGGAGAGGAGUGAAAACGGGCUCAAAUUUGCCGAGGUCAUCAGGAUCAAACACCUGUAUCAUCGCGGCUGGACACUCACUCGGAGUCCGGUUGAUGCUGUUCUGGACGACAACACCAAAUACCCGGAGCAUAUUGAGAGCGAGGUCAUUGUUGACUUCAACGAGGCUUUCCAAUCCUUUCCAUGGUGGGAACCCGAGUUCCAUGUCCUGAAGAUGGUGCAGGAGGCAAGCUGGAGAUACGACAGUUGUGAUGCCGAAUCCAUCUCAGCCCAGCGAUGGAACAAGCCUCGGAAGGACAAUAUGCAUGCCUGCAUAGUCCUACACCGGUCAGAUAACAUUGCUCACAUUCGUCGUAACAACUACCUCGAGAACUACCUCGAGAACGACCCAUUCUUGACAGCGUUGCGGAACGGAGCUCACGAAAGUGAUGCCAUACCCAGUGGCCGGUACCUGCAGUUACUUCCACGUCGGCUUGUGGUGUUUGCUCUCCUCGAGCGCAAGUUCGUCAAUGCUUGUGUGACCUCGCUGGGGAGGAUCACUCUACAAAAUGGUAUCUUCGACAAGCUCAGUAUUGAUCCACGGAACAAGAGCAUGGUGCGUUCGUUGGUGCAGGAGCACUUCCGCAAGAAAGCCCAUCGUGACCGAGGAAAAGAAGUCGUGUAUCAAGAUCUCGUGCGAGGCAAAGGAGUACAAGAAGCCUUGUUUGCUAUCACGUGCGGUGACUUGGGGUUUGAGCCGGGGACUGUCGAGAAAAGCCUGACGCGGAUAUUUCGCUUGGCUAAUCGCUGGGAUUGUAUUCUGCUUCUCGACGAAGCCAAGAUCUUUUUCACCAAGAGGUCACCGUCAGACCUGCAAAGGAACGCGCUCGUGUCUGUCUUUCUCCGAAUCCUCGAGUACUACGGCGGCAUCUUGUUCCUUACAACUAACCGAGUCGGGACUCUUGACGAGGCAUUCAAAUCUCGCACCCACGUAAGCCUGAAGUAUCCUCCCUUGAGCAAGGAACAGUACGAGGCUGUGUUCAGGGUCAACAUUGAGAAGAUCAAGGAGAUUGAGGGGAAGAGUGAGGGGCGUGGCAGGCUUGUGAUCGACGAAGAGGACAUCCUCAGCUGGGCGAGAAACCAUUAUGAGACCAACAAGGAGUAUGUGGGACGCUGGAACGGCCGGCAGAUUCGCAACGCCUUUCUCAUCGGUUCAUCGCUUGCUCAUUACGAUAUGUCGGAGGGAGCGAUACUUUGA